AUUGUUGGGAAGUCCCUCCCUAAGUCACUCCUAAGGCUUACUGAGGAUUGCUAGAGUGCUAGAGGGGACCCUAGAACUUUGACUGCUUGUAGGAGGUCCUGAUACUAGGCCCUGUGACAGCCACGUCUCUCAGGUCACUGUUUCUCUUAGAACAGCCAUGGCUCCAAAGCGCAAGCUUCCGGUAUCUCAUGAGGUCCCUGAGAAAAAGAAGGGGCGGCAGGGGGCAGAGGAGGAGGACAGCUUCCGCUCAGCAGCCAAGGCCCUGAGGGCUGCACCCACAGAGAAGCGCAUCAUCCGAGUGGACCCUGCAUGCCCACUCAGCAGCAAUCCUGAGACCCAGGUACAUGAAGACUAUGACUGCACCCUAAACCAGACCAAUAUCGGGAACAACAACAAUAAGUUCUAUGUCAUCCAGCUACUAAAAGAAGGUGAUGGCUUUGCCUGCUGGAACCGCUGGGGCCGUGUGGGGGAGGUGGGCCGGUCAAAGCUCAGCCACUUUGCAUUACUGGAGGAUGCAAAGAAGGACUUUGAGAAGAAAUUUCGGGACAAAACCAAGAACAGCUGGGCAGAGCGCAACCACUUUGUGGCCCACCCUGGGAAGUACACACUUAUCGAAGUGCAGGCGGAGGAUGAUGCCCAGGAAGCUGUGGUGAAGAUGGACGGAGGCCCAGUGAAGACCGUGCGUCAGCGGGUGCGGCCCUGUUCUCUGGAUGCAGCUACACAGAAGCUUAUCACCAACAUCUUCAGCAAGGACAUGUUCAAGAACUCCAUGGCCCAAAUGAACCUGGAUGUGAAGAAGAUGCCCCUGGGAAAGCUGAGCAAGCAGCAGAUUGCACGGGGCUUUGAGGCCUUGGAGGCCCUGGAGGAAGCCCUGAAAGCCCCCACAGAUCAUGCCCGCAGCCUGGAGGAACUGUCCUCCCACUUCUACACGGUCAUCCCCCACAACUUCGGCCGCAACCGGCCCCCACUCAUCAACUCCCCUGAGCUCUUGCAGGCCAAGAAAGACAUGCUGCUGGUGCUGGCGGACAUCGAGCUGGCCCAGGCACUGCAGGCAGCUCCCGAGGAGGAGGAGAAAGUGGAGGAGGUGCCACACCCCCUGGACCGAGAUUACCAACUCCUCAAAUGCCAGCUCCAGCUGCUGGACUCAAAGGCACCAGAGUACCAGGUGAUACUUACCUACUUAAAACAGACCGGCAACAACCACAGUUGCCCUGCUCUUCAGCAUGUUUGGAAAGUGAACCGAGAAGGCGAGGAAGACAGGUUCCAGGCCCACUCCAAGCUGGGUAAUCGGAGGCUGCUUUGGCAUGGCACCAACGUGGCUGUGGUGGCCGCCAUUCUCACCAGUGGGCUCCGCAUCAUGCCACAUUCUGGUGGCCGUGUUGGCAAGGGCAUCUACUUUGCCUCGGAGAACAGCAAGUCAGCUGGCUAUGUUACGGGCAUGUCCUGCGGGACCCAUUGCAUUGGCUACAUGUUCCUGGGUGAGGUAGCACUGGGCAGAGAGCACCACAUCACCAUUGAUGAGCCCAGCUUGAAGCAGCCACCCCCUGGCUUUGACAGUGUCAUUGCACGAGGCCACACAGAGCCCGAUCCGACCGAGGACACAGAACUGGAACUGGAUGGCCAGCGAGUAGCAGUGCCCCAGGGCCGACCUGUGCCCUGCGCAGCAUUCAGCAGCUCCAGCUUCUCCCAGAGCGAGUACCUCAUCUACCAAGAGAGCCAGUGCCGCCUGCGCUACCUGCUGGAGGUUCACCUCUGAGCUACCACCCGGGCCCCCAGGGCCCUGCUGGGAACUAGACCAUCACCUCCAAUCUUCCUGCCCACCUCUGACGUCCCCGUAUACCCCUUCUAGCUUCCAAAUCUCCCUUCUGUGUCCCAGACAGUGAUCCCCCAAUCCUUGUUAGCCUUGGUAUGGCUGUGCCCCCCAGGGUCUCACCUCCUUAGAUGAUGGGCAUGCUAGGCUGGCAUUAUUACUGGGAAAUGGAGAAGCAGCCUAUUAAAGGCUGUGUGGUUAGAGGGGCACAGGCUAAAAGUGGGCCAGAUUCUACAUCCACCCAGGCUGUACCCUGGCCCAAACUGUCCACCUGAGAGGUAUGAUCACCAAGGUAAGCUGAACUUUAAGCAUCACAAGCAAGUUCAUUAAAGAUGUAAAUUCACUCCCUCACCCACCCAUCCCUGCCCCAGCUUCUCCUUGACUGCACUGCAGCUGCACCAGACCUGGACCUCCUUUCUCCAUAGCAACUCAUCACGACACUCCAGCCCCACACCAGGGAGCAUGCACUCACAAGGGUUGAUAUGGGACAGACACACGCACACACACACACACACACACACACACACUCCUGCCCUGAUCAACCUUACAUCCAUCACUGCAACAACAAACGUCUUUUGAUAAUUGAGUCUUCAAAGAGGACCCUGACCCCAAAUUAGCCACUUGGCGAACCCCCUGGUGAGUCUGUCCUUUAGGCCCGGUACUGCCAGGUAAAUCAAAGUUUUCAUAUCUCAGCAUCCUCAUGUGACUUAUGUCUGAAUAUUAUAAAUGAGUUGAACAUACAUCAGAGGGGCACAGCUCUGCAGUCAUUAAAGGAAUGCCCGCUGUCACCCCAGAUAACCCCUGUCUACAAACGAAAGAUGGAGAUGCCGGAGAGCAGGUCAGGAUCCAGCCCGCGAUCAGACUGCUUUGGGCUGUCAUGUCUCUGCAGUCGCCUUUAACCCGACACCGUUGCUCAGCCUUUUUUUCCCUUCAUGAUUGGCAUUCCUGGCACUCCUGAAGAAUAUACGACAAUUGUCUUAUAGAAUCUCUUUCAAUUUGGCUUUGUCCAAGUUUUGGCAAGAUUAGAUUCAAGUAUUGCCUUUUAUGCAGGAACAUUAUAUAAAUGAGGUGUUCUCAGUACAUGUAGCAGAAAGGACAUGUCUCAUACUUGGUCAUAUUAACUUUGAUUGCUUAAUUCCGGUGGCGUCUACCAGGUUUCUCCACUGAGGAGGUACCAUUUCUCCUGUUUGUAAAUUUCCCAGGAAUCUUUGGGAAAAUAUUUUGCAAUUUAAAUGCCCCUUUCCUCAUUAACCUUCACCCACUGACUUAUAAUAUCCAUUGAUGAUUUUUACCUGAAAGGGAUGAUCUGAAUCGAUUUUUGCUAAGGUGGUUGCAAAUGGUAGUUAUUUGAUUUCAUCAUUUCUUUCAUAUUUAUUAAAUAAUAUUCCCCUUUCUUUACUAUCACUAUGUAUUUCUGGAUUCUUAUUUUAUGCAAUGCACUAUAUAGUCCAUUCUAUAUAUUAUUCUCAUUACUUAUUUUGACCUCCAGAUUAUCCCAUAUUGACCAAUAAAGGUCCUUGA